UCUUGGAAAGAUAAAAUCAAGUUAGCAUGGAGACUAAGGGAAGCCUUAAUCAGGAGUGAAAAUGAAUUAGAAAUAGAUGUAGAUAGUUUAAUAGUUUGGGGAGUUCAAAUCGUUGGUUAUAAAUUGAAAGUAUAUAUGAUGAUUCGCUUUAAAGGUCUCUUCCACCUAAUCUUACUUAAUGAAUGCUGGUUACCGGUAUCAAUACACGAAAUAUAUAAUAUCGAAACUAUCUUAAACGUGUUGGAAACAAUGCACGAUAAGAUUAAGGCAAUGGAGCUAAAUAUCUUGAACUUGAUCAAGAAAAAAAACUUGCAGAAUCAACGAAAGAGAGAUUCCUCCAGUAACAAACAGAAUCUGGAAAACGAGCCUCCGGUUAUUAAUACACCUACUAGUAAAAGGGUUAAGGUGUAUAAUUAA